AUGUCCGUGCAAAGAUUCGAACUCUAUCAAUUUUCCGCUGUUGAAAUUUUUUUAAAAUUAUUAAAACGACGAAUCGGUUAUUACACGAAAAAAGUUCAACAGAGCGAAACGUGCGAUCAAAUGAUUGGGCCUAACGAAAAAUUUUCUUUGCGUUUGAUUCGCAGCAAAUUGAGGAAAAGAGAAGAAAAUUCCGGGGUUCACAGAUCGAACGUCGUUCAUCCGGAAGGAGUUCUACAAGCGACCAUCGUCGGCGGAAACGGAUCCCCGCCGUCGCCGUCGCCGACGACGAUAACGACUCCGACCAGAGGGGUGGAAUACACGGGGGGUUCGGACAAUGGAAAAAUAUCACCACUCGAAGACAUAUUCAUUGCUCCGAUAUCGAAUAGGAAAAGCGUAACAAGUUGCCAUUCGGAAAAUUCAUAUGCGAAUUAUUCAACGGACUCGACGCAAUUACCAAUGUUCCUCUACUCGACGGGAAAUUCUAGAAAUUCUAUCAACAAUACCGCCAGCAAUGAUCAGGUUCGCCAUAUUUUCUUUGUUAUCAACGAAUAG